CCCUGCCUGUGGCCGGAUUCCCAGACCCUGCUAAACAUUUACCAUUUUGGAGUGUAAAGUAUGUCAUCAUGGCAAAGUUUCGAAGAAGGACUUGCAUCAUUUUGUCACUUUUUAUGCUAUUUAUUUUCUCCCUGAUGAUGGGUUUAAAAAUGCUGAGACCAAAUAAAGCUACUUUUGGAGAUCCUUUUGGACUUGAACUUCUUCCACUACUUCAUCAACAAACUCGCUUAGGGAAAAGCUUCGAUUCCCAAAACAAUGACAAAAUCAACCGUGAAACAAGUAACAAGAAUUUAAAAAGUGUUGAAAUCACUAUGAAACCUUCCAAAGCCUCUGAACCUUACCUGGAAGAGCUGCAACCUUUGAAUUAUUAUUUACAUGUAUUUUAUUAUAGUUGGUAUGGAAAUCCACAAUUUGAUGGUAAAUAUAUACAUUGGAACCAUCCAGUCCUGAAGCAUUGGGACCCUAGAUUAACCAAGAAUUAUCCACAAGGGAAGCACAGUCCUCCGGAUGACAUUGGCUCCAGCUUUUACCCUGAGUUGGGAAUUUACAGCUCUCGGGAUCCUUCUGUCAUUGAAACUCACAUGAAACAAAUGUACUCAGCUUCAAUUGGUGUACUAGCCCUGUCUUGGUACCCACCUGGUACAAAUGAUGAGAAUGGAGAAAAUACUGAUGACUUGGUACCAACUAUUUUGGAUAAAGCUCAUAAAUAUAAUUUGAAGGUCACUUUUCACAUUGAACCAUACAGCAAUCGAGAUGAUCAAAACAUGUACAAAAAUGUCAAAUAUAUUAUAGACAAAUAUGGAAAUCAUCCGGCCUUUUAUAGGUACAAGACUAAGACCGGCAAUGCUCUUCCUAUGUUUUAUAUCUAUGAUUCCUAUAUCACAAAGCCUGAAAAAUGGGCCAAUUUGUUAACCAUCACAGGGUCUCGGAGCAUCCGCAAUUCUCCUUAUGAUGGACUGUUUAUUGCACUUCUAGUAGAAAGCAAACAUAGAUAUGAUAUUCUUCAAGGAGGUUUUGAUGGAAUUUACACAUAUUUUGCCACAAAUGGCUUUACUUAUGGCUCAUCAUAUGAGAACUGGGCGAGGCUAAAAUUUUUCUGUGACCAAUUCAAUCUACUGUUUAUCCCAAGUGUGGGCCCAGGAUAUAUAGAUACCAGCAUCCGCCCAUGGAAUGCUCAAAACACUCGAAACCGAAUCAGCGGGAAGUACUAUGAAACUGCUCUGGGGGCUGCACUCCAUGCUCACCCCAGUGUGAUUUCUAUCACCUCUUUCAAUGAGUGGCAUGAAGGAACUCAGAUUGAAAAAGCCAUUCCCAAAAGAACCAGUAAUACCGUGUACCUGGAUUACCGGCCUCAUAAACCAAGUCUUUAUCUAGAACUGACUCGCAAGUGGUCUGAAAAAUACAGUAAGGAAAGAGCAACUUAUGCAUCAGAUCAGAAGCUGCCUCUUUCUUAAUGCAUUAAGUACCUUUUGUUUUAAGUGUGUACUGAUUGGCAGUUAUCCCCAUAAUAAAAAGAAUUUGCACUUUUUAAAAAAAAUUGUGAUAUCAUCAUUGCCACCCUUCACAAUGCUGCACUGAAAAAAUAUCGGAGAGAAAAACUGUGCAAAUAACAUUCCCUGUGGCAUAAUUUGCUACAAAUUUUUAUCUCACACAAAACUGUAUUACAUAAAUAAUUAGUGCACAGUUAAAUCCUUCUUGUAUUCUGGGCCCAAAGAAAUAGAUUGUGUAUAUUGGGUAUGUCUAGUGAAGAAAAUAGGACCUAAAAGAUCAUGUACAUGUUUCAUUUAGACUUUUUUCCCAAUGAUUCAGUCAUCCAGAGUGUUCACUAACACAAUAAAGUCUGCAAUAAAAAUUCUUAAGGAAAAUAAAAUCACAACUUUAGCCUUACUGUGAAUCACAUUGUGUUAGGAAGGCCUCCUUUCUAUAGCACAAUAUGCAUCAUCCUUUGAGGAUUUUUUGAUUACUUAUAGCAUGCUAGGUGUUUGGCAUGCCUAAUAUGCCUGCUUUACAAUGCUAAAUUCCAGAUUUUAGAAGCUAUGGUAAGUUCUUUCAUGCUUCUGUAUUAAGAAAACAUAGUUGGUUCACAAUUAUGAAGAUAGAAUGCCCAAAAUACCAGUUUUUGGAUAACCUGUCGAUCUUUAACUUGUUAUUCUAUUCAUGUUUUUAAUCAGAGACCAACUGUUAGUAAGAAAGAAAAAAGAUACUAUCAUUGGAUUUCCUUCUUAAUAUUUAAGCUGUUUUUACCAAAAUAGGGAACAUUUACUUAGCAUUUUAGGAACAUGGAAAUGAAAAUUCUCUUAUAUCUUAAAUUCAUUCCUGAAGUUUGAUUUGUAAGUUUAAUACUUAAUGAUGGCAAUAAUCUCAUUUAAAAGACAAUAGAUCCCCAUGUAAAAACAUACUUUCAUGGUAUCUACCAGAUUCAAUACUUAUGAUCAGUUGAUUGUCCUGUUGUGACAAAUUAAUUCACAUAUAUGCUGAAAAUGGAUCUCUUUAAUAGAUUAUAUGUUAUCCUUCAGUUCUUAUAGUUAACUAGAACUCUAAUAUAUAUGUAUAUACUAUUACAAGAAUAUUAUUUCUUACUUAAUUUACUAAAGAGAAACAAUACUGAACAAUAAUAGAUAUAAAUCUCCAGGUUUUAGAGAUAUUCAGAAAUAAAGUAACUGUAGAAUUUAUCGUAACAUAGCCCAAAUGAAAUUUAUUUUAGCCAGUGAUUUUCAAGUACAAUAUCUUUUCUUUGAAAAAAGGCA